AUGAUUUUUGGUUCUUGGUCUGGUGUGGUUGAUGCUGCUAAUGCCAAUAUCUUUGAUGUUAGUUUUGUCUAUAAUUCUUGUGGUACUAAUUGGAAUGUUUGUUCUCCUUUAAAUGCUAGUGGUUAUCCUGGUUAUCCUGGUAGCGCUGUUGAUUUGGCUAUUUUUAGUUCGCAUUGUUCUGGAGUGGCAUUUGUUUUUGUUUGUUUGGAUUGUUUUUGUUAUUGUUUUUUUUUGGUUUUGACUUUGCCCGUUUCGGCUGGGCCUAUGUUGUUGAUGGAUUGUAAUUUGUUUUGGUUUUUUGGUUAUCCUGAGGUUUACAUUUCGAUUUUGCCUGCUUUUGGUAUUUUUGGUCAGAGUAAUUUUCGUGAUUAUUUUUCUGCUGCUACUAUGGUUAUUGCUGUUUCUACUGGUGUUAAGAUUGUUUGUUGCUGUGAUGUUUUUGGUUGUUUUGUUCAAUUAUGUCGAAAUUUAAAAUACUUGAAAUAUCAACUUUAUAGAACGUUUAGAGGCUUAAUUUGUGGUUGGAACACAAUAUAG